AUGGAGCUUAACAAUGCGGAAAAAAUAAAAAUUUGGCUGGGUAUACGGAUACCAGGACUGCCAGAUCCUCCUACACCAACCACUGAUCAUUUCAGGUUCUAUGAGGUUGUCUCUGAACAUUUCAUCCCAAAUUCUUAUGCUUGGAAUGUUGAACUGCUGGAUAAACUCUUUGAUGCAAACACUUCUAUGAAAAUACAAACUUUAUUCAUUGAUCCAUCUAAGGAAGAUGUUAUGCUAUGGAUACCUGCAAAAGAUGAGAAGUUUUUUGUCAAGAGCACCUAUAACAUGCUCACCAAGUGUAAUAGAGUCAUUCAAAUUAAUGGCUCUGACAUAAAACCACCAUUAUGGAAAAGAUUGUGGAAUUGCAAGGCAGCACACAGAGUCAAGCUUUUUGCUUGGAAAAGCAUCAGAGAUUUACAUACCACCAAGACUAAAUUAGCUUCCUACAACAAUGAACAAGAUAUUUGGUGCAGUGUAUGUGGUCAGUAUGAAGAAACCAUUGAGCAUUUAUUGUUUGAAUGCAGACAUGCAAGAGCAAUUUGGAGAGGGGUUAAUAUUAAUAUUGACUCAGACAUAUGUGAUGCAACUUUUCAGGGAGUUUCUCUAAACCAUCUGACCACUAUGCAUAAAAUAAGUUAUCACUUAUCAUCUCAUUUGCAUGAUUCAUCUAGUAUCAGUCUAGGCAUACAUUAUUAUGGUAUCUCUAGAUGGAUACCUCCUUUAGAGGGUAUUCAAAAACUUAAUGUAGAUGCAUCUUUCGAUCCUGAUAUUAACCAAUUGGGCAUUGGUAUUGUGCUACGUAAUCAUACAGGCGAAUGCCAAGGGAUUAUAGGAACAUACACUAAUGGAGCACUGGGUGCAUAA